AUGGCAUCUACAACAAAUCCCGAUUCGGCCGCCACACAAGCCCUUCCUAUUCCCAUAAGCGACCAUAGCCAGGAAAACACAUCCAGUGGGCACCAAAUUGCGAUCGAUGAGUUUGAUAGCGAUGAGCCGGAGUUUGAGAACUAUGGGUUGGAUAGCACUUCAUUGUCUUCGAGUAUUAUUCAAUACGAAUAUGAGAAUGGCCGGCGUUACCACAGUAGGAGUUUGGUAAGCUCUACAAAUGGCCUUGAUUUGUUGGAAACUCGCAGUAUCGCUAACACCAUUCGCAGGGGAAUUACAUGUACUUAUCAACUCUAUUCACCAGCAUCACGUUCAAGAGUAGUGACUAAUCCAAACAGGAUGCCGAAUGAUGAAGAGGAACAAGAUAGAAUGGAUUUGAGUCAUGACCCUUGUGGUCAACCUACCGCUAACAAGCCCACCAGAUGGCUCAUGUUAAUGAAAGGAGAAUUGCAUAAAGUCCCAGUAAAAGAUCCUCAGCGUGUCCUAGAUCUCGGGACUGGAACAGGCAUUUGGGCUCUUGAUAUGGCAGAAAACUUUCCCCAGGCCCACGUUAUUGGUAAUGAUAUUAGUCCUAUCCAGCCAGGCUGGACUCUUCCAAAUGUGGAAUUUAUCGUGGAGAACUUCGAAGAUGAAUGGCUUUACGAACACGACAGUUUUGAUUUCAUCCACGCACGACUUUUAGCAGGGCUUGUGGACUACCAUUCUCAACCUCUAUGGGUCGUUGUUUAA